AUGGUGAAUUUUUGUAGUGGUUUUGAUUGUACUAGCUCAAGUGACGUUAGGAAAGACCUGUCAUUUCACAAGUUAGUUCCUCUUAAAGAGAAAGAGAGGCUUCAACAAUGGGUACAUGCUGUUCGAAGAAAGGAUUUUAAACCUACUUCCAGCUCGACAUUAUGUAGUUUACAUUUUAAAGAAACUGACUUCUAUUCUGCUGUUGUCAGUGGGAAAAAAAUGUUAAAAAAAUCUGCUGUACCAACUGUAUUUAAUUUCCCAAUUCAUUUAACAACAAAAAUAAAAGAAAGAAGAAUCCUGCAACGAGAA